AACUUACUAACAUCGCUGCUUUGCAAUAACUUCUAUCGGAUAAACAUAUUACUAUUAACGAGGAGCUUUGCUAUAGAGUCAAAGUCCUUCCGACGAGUCAAAGUUUGGAGUACUGAGCCUCUGUACGAGACGUCAUAGGGUAACAACAAGCGUGCAAAGGUCGUAAGACUGUAGCUUGCUAGCUUAGUACUGCUGACACGAACAAAUAGGUAAAGCCACAACUUUGUUAGGUUGGAUAGCCCGAACUUGGGGCGCGGCUUGCAGAAAGCCUUCCAUUUAAGCUGCAAUGAGAAAAGCUGCUGGAUACAGCAGCGAGGACAGACAGAAUGGGCCUCCAAUCCCCAACCUUCCGGGCCAUAACGUCCACUUCAUGCUUUCGGCGGCUCGGCCGAAGGGGCAAUCGUUACGAUUCGUUAAUGGGUACGCUGUGGCUGACGACCUCUCCAACGGGAUUAGCGGCGUCUCCCUUCACCCACGGGGAGGAGAGGAGGACAACAUGCCAGCACCGCCGUCAACCCGCACCCGCAUCAUCGGCGGCCGCCUGGUAGUGUCUCCCCAGGCGUCACCACCACCCUACGCCCAGCACGACAACACGCCACCACAGAGAGGGGGGCGAGACUACGAGAGCCCCAACGCCAAGCCUUCCACGUCACCCUACGGGCAGCGUGAACCGAGCCCCAAAAUAACCGCCACCGCGUUUGUACAGCCCCACGACCAGCACGGGGAACAAAACAGCGGCACGCCAACUCGAGGGUCAACAUGGGCCCAAUACAACCGCAAGGUUCUCAUCUUCGGCGGCUACUUCCGAGAGGAGGUCAUCAACAGCCCGCUGGAGUCCUGGCGGGUGCGCCGGGUAGCCAUCAGGUACCACCUUGAAAACGACCAGGUGGAGAUCUUGGAGGCGCGCGAGGAGAACAGCGGCUUGGCGCAGGCUCUCUGCUGCCGUGCUCCGCAGGGCAUCUUCCUGAAGCGCAUCAACGCCGUGAAGGAAGACGGCUCGCCGCUGCGCUGGUCCGACCUGCGGGUGGGCAGCGAGUUGCGGUUGUACGGCAGGACGUACACCCUGGUCGCGGCCGACGUGGCCACACGCGCCUUUUACGCGGAGCGGGGCCAGGAGCAGUCCGAGGACGUGGCCUACCCGGAGGGGCCCUUCGACAAGCGCCGCAAGCAGGCGGUGGAGGCCUCCAAAACCCGCCAGCCGGUGCAGCCCUUCAAGGGCCCGCCCCUGCCGCGUGAUCCGCGUGACCUGGAGAAGCCGCGCAUUGACCCUCGCGGCCCGCGCGCGCUGUUCGACCUGUACCGCCUGAAGCGGCCGGCUGAGGUGGAGGCGCGAGACAACGCCAUCCUACGUUUCCUGUGCGCCUGGGACAACACGUCAGCCCUGUUCGGCGACAUGCAGGCCUUCUCACUGCACUACCAUGUGGUGGAUGGCACGAUAGAGGUGCGGGAGGUGCAGCGGCGCAACAGCGGCCGCGACCCCUUCCCGCUGCUGCUGCGAAAGUGCCGCCUGCCCAAGACGAUACCGCCCGUCCACGGCCGGCCCAUGUCUCCCGGCACUCGCCGCAUGCUGGCGCUCGAGUACUACGACUGGCGCGACCUGAAGCUGGGCGCCUCGGUCAAUGUGUACGGCAGGUCGCUGCUGCUGUACGACUGCGACGAGGCGACCCGCACCUGGCUGCGACAGAACGUGCCGGGCAUCACGGAAGACGCGCUCACGCCCAGACAUGUGGAGUUCGAGCCGGAGCCCAUCAAGCGGCCGCAGAUGCCCAUCCCGCCGCACACCGGCAUCGGCAGCGAGGAGGACACCCUGCAGAACGUGCUGCGUCUGGUGCCCCGGCCGCCGCCGCGGCCCUACGCGGACUAUCUGGACAAGGGCGACCAGGUGCUGCGUUUCGAAGCGGCAUUUGCACCGUUGGAGCCGGGCAAGCCGCUUGCGGGGCCGCAUGACGAGGAGCGGCGCUUCAUCCUGUCCUUCCACCUGCUGGACGGCUGCAUCUCCAUUUUCGAGCCGCGCCGCAACAACAGCGGCAUGCCGCAGGGGGCGUUCCUGGAGCGCACGCGCGUGAGGAACCCCGCCACCGGGCAGAACUACACGGAGACGGACCUGCAGGUGGGAGCUGUGCUGGAGGUGUUCGGCCGGGGCUUCGUGCUGCUGGACGCGGACGCCUACACGUGCGCCUACAUGGAGCGCGAGAAGAACCGCUUCCCGUGGGCGGACUACGAACAUGUUCUGUCCAAGCUCUCCUCCUGGUUGUCGAUGUACCCCGAGGAGCUGCCGGACCGCCUGCGCACGGACCUGUUGGCGGAGGACAUGCAGGGCUGCGGCUACCUCACAAAGUACCAGCUGCAUGCUGUGUUGUCCGCGCUGGGUUCCGACCUGAGCCCGCACGACGUGCUCACGCUGGUCCGCGCGCUGGGAGCCGACCGACAGGGGCUGCUCAUCGAGCAGCUGCUGGUGGCACUGGGUCUGGCGCCGCCGCCGGAGGAGCCGGACGAGCCCGAGAUUGUGGAGGAGCCGCCGCAGCCCGCAUCCAUGCACCCGCCCGUGCCCUUCCCCGCGCCCGGGCUGCAGCAGCAGCAACAGCAACAACAACAGCAGCAGCAGCAGAACCCCGGGGUCUACCGACCGCGGGUGUCGGCGGCCUGGGCGCCGCAUCCCUCCACGUCCAACAACAACCCGGGCAACUCGCCGUUGACAAGCCGCGGCGGGUACGGACCGCCCCCGCCGGCGCCUGUGGCGGGCGCUUCGGGUUCCAUGUCGGCUCGGACGACGUACUCUCCGGCCGGGGUCGGGAGUCGUGGAGGCUACGGAGCAUCGCCCUCACUUGGCGGUGUCUCGGGUCACCGCAUCCAAUCCGCGUCGCCCAUCCGAGUACAAUCCGCGUCCCCCAUUCGCGUGCAGUCCGCAUCGCCCGUCCGUGUGCAGUCUGCCUCGCCGGUGCAGCUUAGAGUGGACGGGCAGCAGCAGAUACCCUCGCAGCGGCAGCAGCAGAACUGGGCUCAGCCCCGGGAGUCGCCGGAGAAGGCGGCAUGGGGCAACCUCCCAGCGAAGCAGCAGAGCGAGGGUGGAGUCGCGCGCCCCUCGGCGCUUCCCACCGGCGUGCAGCAGCCGCACUCGUUGUGGCAGACAACCAACAUGGCGAUCGGAGGUGUGGGUCAUACCAACUCCUACCGCAUGCGGCCUCAAUCGGGCCGUUGAGGCAUGGACACGGUGUGGGUGCUGCGGCUUGGUUUUUAAGGUUGCGCUUCCUGGCUUGCUAGGGAAGCAAUGUAUCUCUGUUCUGCGCGCGGCACAGCACAACUGCUUGUGCGAUGUGCAGAGGGGUUAGGGGGGAGGUGUAGCGCGAAAGAGCAAUGGCGGACACACCCGGCAGACAUGUGCACUCUGACCCUGGGCAGCAAUCUCAGGUAGACAGGGGGAGAUACGGGAGGAGGGAGGGGGGCUGUGUUGGGUUCGGAUGUGAUCAUCAAAGGUAGAUUGGGCUCGUGUGUUAUUGGGUUGGAUUGGGUUGGGUUGCUAGGCCAAGCGCUUGUGCAUUGUGAGGAGGGUGGGGGGGGGGUUGAGCAUAGCAAUCUCUCGGUACAGUGGUGUCGCCUGGUAAGGGCCAUUCAUGUCAGCCCAUGGUGCUCUAGGAAGGAUCCGUGAACACGAUUAAGAUAUAUAUACUUGGUGUGCUGAGAAAGGGGCUUGUGAGGGGGCUGUGUAGCAACUGAGUCGGCGACAGAAUCUGCGUCAAGGCGGCCGAAGCAUUGAGGACUGUCAAGACCGCACUUCCGUCCAAAAGACCUAGCUGGGAGGUAGAAGUGGGUGAGCGGCCACAGCCGCAGGAAACAACACCUCCCGAGAUCCGGCUGGUCUUUGCAUAAGGAAAAUCACCCAAGUCUUCUGGUGGUGUUCCUUCCAUGGACAAUGUUUGCAACCCUGAUCGUGUUCUAUUGUAGGUGCCCUAUGAGGGUGGGGGCACCGAGACAUCGCUUCGCUUGUACCUGCCCCGUCGGGUAUCCGUGUGUUGUGUUGUAUGUUGUCGAGUUGACCGCGCUGCGCGCUGCAACUGGCGGUGGGAUGAGGACCCCUGGCCGCCGCCCUUGGCUUCAUUAUGGCUUCCUAUCUAGGUCGAAUAUACCUGACAUGCCGUAAACGCAAUACCGUACAUGUAACUAUA